GCUGACAAACAACAAAAGACUGCUAAAGAGUUGCUCUGAAAAUCUUCGUAGAAAGUCGCAAAACAACAAAAAAUUAAAUGUGUGGCAUUAGUUUUAUUUAAUUCGAUUUAAAACGUAAAAAACACAAUUCAAAUUGCAAAAAUUACGUCGUAAGACGUCCGGGCCUCCGCCGAAACCAUAACAGACAGCUGAAGACUGAUUUGGGGUCGAGUGAACCUCUGGGAUUGUGCGUGACGAUUGUUACUGUUGCUGUCAGAGCAAAAUAAAGAGUGACAAAUGGCCGGGUCUGCGCUGAGAAGGCUUAUGGCGGAAUAUAAACAAUUGACCCUGGACCCACCAGAGGGCAUAGUGGCUGGUCCAGUUAGUGAAGACAAUUUUUUCGAGUGGGAAGCGCUGAUAGCUGGCCCUGAAGGAACUUGCUUCGAAGGUGGUGUAUUUCCAGCGCGUCUCCUAUUUCCGCCAGACUAUCCGCUGAGUCCACCGAAAAUGAAAUUUACCUGUGACAUGUUCCACCCCAACAUUUUUGCCGAUGGACGAGUUUGCAUAUCAAUAUUACAUGCACCUGGUGAUGAUCCCAUGGGAUACGAGUUGUCUGCCGAACGGUGGAGUCCGGUGCAAAGCGUUGAAAAAAUUCUACUAAGUGUGGUUUCGAUGUUGGCUGAACCAAAUGCAGAAUCGGGUGCUAAUGUAGAUGCAGCUAUAAUGUGGCGUGAACGACGCGAAGAGUUCAACGAAAUCGCCAAACGUUUAGUGCGUAAAACACUCGGUAUACCAUCUUAAAAUAGCCAAUGGAACGACUACAAUCAAAACGAUAACGACAUUAAGGACACUGUAUUACUCCUUCCACAAAAAGAGAUUCAUUCGAACAUCGCGACGGAAGUAAUGUUAAAUACAGUUGAUCAACACCUACACACAAAGCGCGACUAAAAUCAGUUAACAGCAAGCGAAAUUUAUAUAAAUGGCGUUUGAAAAAGCAACCAAAAGCAUCUAUUUGUUUGAAACUCUUAAAAAUAUAUAAAUACUUAUAUUGUUCUCGCAUCUUGAUUUUUAAAUGCAGUUUUCUAUGCUCUUUCAUACUUAAAUCACGCAUAACAAAAUGCAGCACUCUGAAACUAUCUAUCAAACUAUCUUUAACGCACUUCAACUGAACUGUAUUCUUAUCUCAGUUGCAUUUUGCAAACGCCAGAGAAUUGCUACUAUUUUAUGUGCUCCAUAUAUAUAUACAUAUACUAUAUACAUAUGUAUAUAUGAACAUAAAUACAAUAGUAAGAAAUAAGUCUAUAACGCAAUAGAAAAUUUGAAUUAUAUAAAGUAACAUAUAUAAUUGUUUAGAUUUAACGGAUUAAAGCAGUAAGGAAAAUAAAACUUAACGCAAAUUUUAGGUAAAUAUGCUCUUUAAAACAUAAGUUUGCUUUACGCCGACGCCCAUAGAACGAUUAAUUGUGUAAUAUACUUAACUACUACUAAUCUAUUCUUAUAGGCUGUACUGUAGAUAAAAAUAUAAAAUUUUCAAUUAAACUAUACUAACAUUUCUUCUUAAAAAGUUAAAUUUUAUCUACUUUUCCAAAUUAUUUGCAAUUAUAUUUAAAACUCAGCCCAAAAACACACAGGUUUUUAUGUAUUAAAAGAUAAAAAUGUAUAAAAGGAAUUAUUUUUGAGUACCUUAUUUUUUAACUUGACUUAAACUGUAAGAAAGAAAGUCAAACACAUACAUCAAAUUGCUAUGUUAGUGCGAAAUAAAAUAUAUGCAAAGUAUAUAUUUAAUAUGAAA